AUGUCAAACGAGCACAGCGGAGAACGGAUGAGCUUUCUUCUGUACAGAGAGAUUGAAAACAACUCUCGCAAUGGCGGAAAUAAGUUUAUUUCGCAGGGCCGGCUAGGCGAAAUUGUCAAUGAAAGAGCCGUCAAGGACCAGCUGGACAAAUGCGACAAAAAGAAGUCCAAAAAGAAGUCCAAGAAAGUUUUGCAACUGUUGCAGAUUCCCGGCCCUUCCCCUUCUCCCAAAGCCGAUAACCUGAAAGAUGCAGCACAAAUUUGCGGAGAUCCAUCUUUCAAAAGGAUCAUGGCAAUUUUGGUUCUCAUCGAUCGUCCGGCAAAGAUUAGAUCAUUCCUAGAGCAUCAAGUAUCGGAUGACAAGUUACCCUUUGAUCGGGAGGACGCGAAUGAUAACGAAUGCUUCAACGAUUGGAGUCGUCUCACGAAAUCGAGGUUUCUGGAGUGCCAAGGGGCGGUAAUACCAUUCUUCUUCAGGCAAAUUGACAAGAAGAACCGCAAGCCGAUCAGGAUCACCCAGAAUAUUCUCCCUUUUUUAUCUUUUAACAAAUAUAGACAUAACGGUGGAAGCAGCGAGAUCUAUCGAGUCAAUAUUCACGCAGAGCAACACAACUUUCAGAAUCCACCUGGUGGUAGCCAUUUCAUCGUCAAGGAGCUGCGAGGAGACUCCCGUAGAGAUAUCUUCAAGAGAGAAUUUGCCGUGCUACGACGCUUCAGCAACAAUGCACAUCCUCACAUCGUGUCGCUGCUAGUGGCAUAUGAGUGGAACGACUCUUACCAUCUAAUAUUUCCGGAGGCGAAGUCCACCCUUGCCGAGUUUUGGAGGUCUCCAAAUAUUUCCCAACUCACAGAAGGAGGAGAUGUUUUGUUGUGGAUGAUCAAGCAAUGUCGAGGCCUUGCUGCUGGACUCUGUCAGUUGCAUCGUCAUGAGACGGAAUCUGGCCAAUCAUUGCUUAACCUCGACUUGGGUUUGACACCGCAAAAUUCCAUGAUGCAUGGACGCAUGAAACUCAUGUACGGCUGGCAUGGCGAUAUCAAGCCAGAGAAUAUCCUAUGGUUUCCAGGUUCUGGUAUGGACAUGGGGACCUUGAAGAUAGCCGACUUUGGCAUCGCCCAGUUCAGCGUCAAUCUUCGAUCAUCUCGAAAGCCUUUAGGGUUUUCGAAAACUUACUCCGCUCCCGAAUUCAGCCCAAAUCCGUCGAGUUUGACCAACUCUUUAUGCGACGUUUGGUCUCUGGGGUGCGUAUACCUUGAAGCUCUUGCUUGGGCCAUUGGCGGCUGUAAACUGCAUGAGCACCUGAUGCAGAUAAAGGAGGCUUCUGAUCCAGGUUGGUUUAGUGAAAGCAGUGAUAGCGCAUUCAUAACGGAUGCCUUUUUCACGUCGCCCCGCAAUGCUCGUGGCGAGAAAGAGACACCCUGUGUUAAACCCGGUGUUACAGAGGUUUGUUAUUCUUUCCCAGUUUCCUUGUCAGAAAAGGAGGACGUUAACUUUUUUCAUGAUAACAUUAGUUCAUGGCAGAGCUGCGGAAUCACGAGCGUUGCAGCGACCUAG